UAUUACAGCCGCACCAGAGUUGACCCCUUUGUGUCCGGGAAUAAAACAAAUAAACAAAAUCUUACCGGUAAAAAGAAAUUAAUUAUAGGCACACAGAGGAAUAUAAAAUAAGUUUUGAGGGCAGACUAAAACACAAUUUUGUAACCAGUUUAUUAAAUAUUAAUGAAUAAAGGCAGUAUUUUAUAAUUACUUGUUUAUAACAUUUUAACUACUGUUUUUUAGCUUCUUUCUCUCAUUUCAGUAGCAUUUUUUAUCGAGAAAGUAUACAUUGAACUGCAAGGAGGUAAAAUUAAAGUAAUUAACAACCUUGGUGUGAUAAGAGGGAGGGUUGCCCAAACUAAUGUACACACACAAACGCACACACGCUCAAAUAAACACAGAUUGGUAGUAGCCACAGUCCUACAGUGGUUCAUCUGGGACAGAUGGAUGUCAGAGUAACAACUUAUAUUUGAUAUCGACAAGUCAAUCAGUGGGUAAAUGGUGAUACUCUAAAUAUUUUCAUGGCUUUACAUAGGUUUCCAAUGGAAAUAGCACAAUAGUACUGACAACACUGACAAUUAUUGUUAAUUUAAAAUUCAACAUUUAAUGUGGGUGGCAACAGUGAUGUGAUAACUGAUAUAAAAAUAGUUAUUUCCCAGUAAAAAUCUGAUUCAGAUCUCGUAGGGAGAGAGUACAAACAACAUAUACAGUACAAUAAAGACAAAACAAUAGCAACCCGGUGGAACUGCAGUACAACAUUGAUUACCAUUUUACCAAAGGUAAAAAAAAACUGUUAUAUACCAAAAUAUACUUUAACAUGUAUAAGAUAGAUAGUCUACAUAUUACUUUGGCAAGUACUUUUUUCCCACUAUUCUCUAUACUUUCAUUCUUACAUUUAAACAAAAUGUGAUGCUCACUACAGUAACUUAAAUCAGUGCGAUAAUUUUUUUUCCUUCUCUUCUGUUAGGGAGCUGGUGUAAACUCCCAUGCGGAAGGUGAGGAGGUGGGAAUGUGAGACAGUUGUUCACGGACUCAACAUGGGUAGGGGUCGAGGCAGAGGGAGAGGAAGGGGCAGGGGAUCGUCUGGCCAGUUACGGCCCCCCUCACCCUACAGACUGCAGCUCUCUCCAUCCAGGGAGACUUUGACAUAUGCUCAGGCACAGAAAAUAGUGGAAGUGGACCUAGAUGGAAGGCUCCAUCGGAUUAACAUCACAGAUCCUCUGCCAGUUAUUACUGAGGAUGAGAUGAUGGCCCAGGACAUUGCUGAGUGCAACAGCAACAAGGAGAACAGUGAGCAAACGCAGAGUAAACCCAGAUCGUGGAGGAAACCCUCAAACAGUAAAAGCAGGAGGAGUGUUAAAAAUACAUCUCACCAGAACCAACGUUCUGGCUCCCAGCAGCACAAUGGAGCCACUAAUUCCUUCCAGCACCCAUCCAACCAAAGCCCUCUGCCUGAGCCCAACUUCCGCGUGCUGAGCUCAGUUUGCCCUUCAGAGGCGCCUCCUCUCCCUGCAGCAUACUACCGCUACAUAGAAAAGUCAGGGGAGGAACAGGACAGUGUGGCUGAGUAUGACAUGGACGAGGAGGACCUGGCCUGGCUGGAGAUGGUGAACCAAAAGAGGGUCUCUGAUGGUCAUGCCUCUGUAUCUCCAGACACUUUUGAGCUGCUGAUUGAUCGUCUGGAGAGGGAGUCCAUCCUGGAGUCCCGUAGCCAGGCUCUGUCCCAGAGUGCAGUCGAUGAGGAUGCCUUCUGCUGCGUCUGCCUGGAUGACGAAUGUCUCAACAGUAAUGUCAUCCUGUUCUGUGACAUCUGCAACCUGGCCGUCCACCAAGAGUGUUACGGUGUCCCCUACGUACCUGAGGGCCAGUGGCUGUGCCGCUGCUGCCUGCAGUCCCCUUCCCGUCCUGUAGACUGUGUGCUCUGCCCCAACCGAGGAGGUGCCUUCAAGCAGACAAGUGAUGGACGUUGGGCCCAUGUUGUCUGUGCCAUAUGGAUCCCGGAGGUGUGCUUUGCCAACACAGUGUUUUUGGAGCCUGUUGAGGGGGUCAAGAACAUCCCUCCUGCUCGCUGGAAGCUCACCUGCUACCUGUGUAAGCAGAAAGGCAGAGGAGCUUCCAUUCAGUGCCACAAAGCCAACUGUUACAGGGCCUUUCACGUCACCUGUGCCCAGAAGGCUGGCCUCUUCAUGAAGAUAGACCCAGUCCGGGAGACAGGUGUCAACGGUACCACCUUCUCUGUGAAGAAGACUGCAUUCUGUGAGCAUCACUCUCCUGUUGGGUUUCGGCGGGAUGGGUCAGGAGAUGAGUCGGUUGAUGGAAGACUGGUGGGGGGCAGAGGGAACCGGGGUCAAAGGUCAUAUACUCAAAGCCCCCCCUCACCGCCGAACAAGAAGGCUACCAAAGGCCAGAAAAAGAAGAAUACGAAAGGGUCUGGUGGGUCGACACGUCGCUCAAAUGUGCCUGUGCUGCUCGUGCCUCAGAUCCCCUCUCACAGGCUGAACAAGAUCUGCACAGGAGUCGAAGUCCAGAGAAAGAAUCAGUUCAUGCAGAGGCUUCAUAACUACUGGUUACUGAAACGUCAGUCACGAAAUGGGAUGCCUUUAAUACGCCGCCUUCAUUCCCAUCUACAGGCCCACAGGACUGCAGAGCAGAGGGAGCCUGACGAGAAGCUGUGUGCUGCAAGAGAGGAGCUUCGAUACUGGCAAAAGUUGAGGCAAGACCUUGAAAGGGCCAGACUUUUGGUGGAGCUGAUCCGCAAGAGAGAGAGGCUAAAGAGAGAACAGAUGAAACUUCAGCAGGCUGCUCUUGAGUUGAAGUUGACCCCAGCAUUGGUGCUUCUCCGAUCCACCUUGGACCAACUGCAAGAGAAGGACAUGACUAAAAUCUUUUCUCAGCCUGUCAAUCUAUCAGAGGUCCCAGAUUACUUGGAGUUUAUUUCCCAACCCAUGGACUUCUCCACCAUGCGUACCAAACUGGAGGGACAUGCCUACUGCUCCAUCACGGACCUAGAGAAGGACUUUGACCUCAUGAUUUCCAACUGCCUCAAGUACAACUCCAAGGACACCAUGUUUCACAAGACAGCUUUACAGCUGCGGGAGGUGGGUGGAGCCAUCCUCCGCCACGCUCACAGACAGUCUCAGAGCAUUGGCCUGGACCCCAGCACCGGCUUGCAUCUCCCAGAGGCUCCAAACAAACAUGGCUUCUACCACUGUACGUGGGAUGACGUCGACUCUCUGCUGGACCCAGAGAACAGACUGCACUUAACCACAGAUGAGCAGCUAAAAGCCUUACUGGAUAAACUGGACAUGGUUACAUCCAUGCGCACCAGUGGUGGUCGAACCAAACGCAUUAGGCUUCUGCGCCGAGAGAUCAACACUCUCAGACAGAGGGUGAACCAGCAGCAACAAAACACUCAGUCCGUGAAUGGUAAUGACAAGGAGGAUGAAGGAAAAGAAGAUGAAGAAGAAGAAGAAGAGGAGGAGGAGGAGGAAGAAGAGGAGGAGGAAGAGGAGGAGGAGAAGGAAAAGAAAAUAGAGAAGACAAAUAUUGUGGAUACUGGACCUUUGACUGCAGUGUCCAGCUCUGGGACAGAUGACUCUCCACCUGUGCUAGAACUUACUUGCCCGGUGUCAUCACCACUGCCGGGAGAUGCUCCUCUUGAGCCUCCUGUCCUGGGUAUCGUAACUGGAGGGCGAAGGUCACCAGGGCGCUCCUACAAGCGUCAGAGAUCAUCCCGCAGUGGGAGCAAAAGCCAAGUUGAAGAUGAGGCUGAAGUUGGUGAAACGCCAUCUUCACAACCGGAGGCUGUUCACGAGGUCACACCACUGGGAAAACCCCCACCUCUGCCUUUGGCUGGAGUUGGUCGUCGUACGUCUGUUCUGUUUAAAAAAGCUAAAAAUGGGGCACGGAUGACAAAAACCAAGUCCCCACCACAACAGAAUGGGAAAACGUCCGAGGGUAAAACCAAUGGGUUGGAGAGCAUCACUGCUAGUCCAAAUUCACCCAGUGUGACAAACAUCACCACCUUACCUCCCACUCCAAACACUUCCCCUGCACCUCCCUCUCCUUCCUCGCAUCACCUGAGGUCCAGAGGCCUCAGUUCAGAAAACGAAGCAGACAAACUCCUACCACCACCCAGAGAAGCAGGCCUCACCAAUGGGAAGCACACCUCUGCAGACCAUGAUGAUGACGACGAAAAAUUAAACUGUAGUGUCUCCCCACCCAAACGUAGUCGGGGUAAACCUGCACUGGCCAAAGUCCCUAGCAGUGAGAAUGGAGACAUCUGUGGGUCUGGAAAGUCUACACUUCUGUCUUUAGAUAGUGAGACAGAGCUCGCACCACUGGACCUAGUUUGGGCCAAAUGCAGAGGAUAUCCGUCAUACCCAGCAAUGAUUGUUGACCCUGACAUGCCCCAGGAAGGGCUUCUUCACAACGGCAUCCCCAUUCCAGUGCCUCCUGUGGAGGUGCUUAAACUGGGCGAGUGGCGACAAACGGACGAAGGCGAAAAGCUCUUUUUAGUCCUUUUUUUUGACACCAAAAGAACUUGGCAAUGGCUCCCUCGUAACAAACUACUGCCGCUUGGGAUGGAUGACACUGUAGACAAACUGCGCUUAAUGGAAGGCAAGAAACCCAGCGUUCGCAAGUCUGUACACACUGCGUAUGACCGGGCCAUAGUACAUUUAAACCACGUGAGAGGAAAUCUUAACUUCACUCCCUCCAAUUUUAUAUGAAUUUAGCUGAAACAUUUUAUCCUCUUAAACAGGCUGCCUGGUUAUAUGUAUAGAAGCUUUAUCAAUGCUCUUAAAAAGGUGGAAAAGUAAAAUUUAGGAUUACCAACGUUUCCAACAGUUAAUGGUAUUUGAAGGUUUUCUGUUUAAAACUGAUGCUCUGGUUUUUAAAAUGGAGAGAAAAGGUGCUUGAACACAUUUUGUAGAUGAAUUUAUUCAUUUAUUCACAUAAUUUUUAAAAAAAGGUUUUACACAACCACUGUUGCUAUGUGUUCAUAUAAAGUUUUUAUUUUAGGCCAAAGCGAGUCAAGACUUGAGUGAGAAAAGUGUAAAUAUUUAAUCUUGAAAGGGAUUGUCUUGAUUCAGAUCAUAUUUAGACUGUAUUUGCCAUAGAAAUGUAACUGUGUUUAUUGAAGCGUGAAAGUCCCACUUAAUUUUCACGUCAUAUCUGGACUCUAUGGAAAUUUGGUUUUUACAGCUGUGGAUGAAAAUUUAUAUGUCGCUGUCAGAAAAUGUCUUUGAAAAUUCUAAGUGGUACUGGUAAUAUUAAAAAAUCAUUUAUUUAAUAUUACCAGUAUCUUCAAAAAGUCACCAAACUAAAAAAUAAAGAGCACUGUGUAGCUUAUGCACUUAAAUCUACAGAGGUGUUGUACUCUACUGCUUAAGACACCUUGAUCAGCAAACAGGUAUAUAGUAGUAACUUAUAAAGAAGGCAGAUCGCCCCAGAAAUGAUAAAGUGUUGUUAUGCUUUUCCUUUCAGCCAUGAAGAAGGUUUGCUGUUGCCUAGAUCAUUUAAAGUUAACACUACAUACGUGACACUUUAAAGUGCUCCUGCUUUCUCAAAUUACACUUGUUUACUCGCUAAACUUUAAUAGUAACCCAUAUUUCCAGUUAUCCCUCCAUUAAAUCACAUGGUAUCUAGUCUUUUACUUACUAUUGAUUCAUUUAAGCAGAGUGCUAUUCAACAAAUAUGUCAACCUUGCUGGCAUUGACACUGAAUUUAAAGCCAAGCCUGAAGUGAAGCAUAACUGGUUCUACGUUUGACUCUUAGAAUAAGUUUUGGGUGUGUACGCAUUUUAUUUACAAUUCUGCGAAUACCUCUGCAGAUACAAUAGAAGAACGAUUCAAAUGAGUAGAAUUACUGAUAAAUUUUGGUUAAAUGGCUGCAAAUGCAAACAUUCAUGAACUUUUAGUCCAGCUAUGACAUGUUUUGGGUGGGACUUGAGAGGAUUUUACUUAUUUUUCCAUAUUGUGAAACUGUAUUAUGAUACUAGAAUGUUGGAGUACCCGGUGCAGCUACUUGGUUAGUAAGAUGUGACGCCACUAAAGAAGUGAAGCUGAUUAUUUUGUGGUUAUUAUGACAAAGUCUACUGCAAUCACUCACUGAAGAAGUUGCAAUUGUUUGCAAAUCUGGCUGAAAUGACUUGAAAAGCACAAUCGGUUUGUUUUUAAAAAGAACUUGUAGGAUUGGUGACUCCUGGAGCCAUAUGUGUGGCAUAAACUGUGUGUGUGUGUGUGUGUGUGUGUGGGUGUGGGUGUGUGCGGGUGGGUGUACACAUGAUAUACAUAUAUGUAUACAACCUCAGUGUAGUAAAGGUGCAUGUGUAUAGUUUUGUAAAUAUGUAAAUGUAUGUUUAUAUUGGCUUACAUUAAGUAAUUUAAGGAAUGCAAAAAUCAAAUUUAGAUUUUAAUUUAUAAUUUGUGGCAGUCGAGAGUGUUAUUUAAAAAAUAAAAUAUUGAAAAGAUUUAUGUAUGAUGCUAAGUAGCUCUUUGUAAUAGUGACGGUAUUCACCAACAUGUCAGAACAUAACUCUCUAGAAGUGAGGUGGCACAAGACCUGAGCUCUGUAGGCAGCAGUGACUGCAGUCGCCUAAAGGACGUUUUUUUUUGUUUGUUUUUUUUCAUGCUGGCACGGGAGAUUUUUGAUCUUGUCAUUUGAAUUGUACUUCAAGAUCUGUAAAUCUGCCUGAGACAAUAUUUUCUCAU